AUGAGUGUUCACGUUGACGAUAAACACGAUAUUCAACAUGUUGAUUCUACCGAACUUCCCAAGACGGCUGACAACGAGGUGUUCGAUUAUAUCCCUGGAACUGAUGCUGAGAAGCGACUAGUGAGGAAAAUCGAUAGACAUUUCCUUCCUAUGCUUUGGAUCAUGUAUGUCUUUAAUUAUUUAGACAGAACGAACAUCGGUAACGCUAAAGUGGGAGGAAUGGAAGCGGAUCUUAAAUUAUCUUCAUCAGAUUAUUCGCUCGUUUUAUCCAUUUUCUUCGUUGGUUAUCUUCUAAACGAAGUACCAUGUAAUAUGAUUCUUGCCCGAUCAAAACCAAGUGUUUUUUUACCCACAAUCAUGAUUUUAUGGGGGGGUAUGUCCAUAGGAGCAAAAGGUAUAAACUCUUUAGGUGGUAUGGUAGCUUUUAGAAUGGUAUUAGGUUUGGUUGAAGCUGGUUUCUUCCCUGGUGUGAUGCUUCUCAUGUCUUGUUGGUACAAGCCCGCCGAAUUAUCUAAACGAAUCGCUGCGUUCUACACGGCAUCUCUGGUCUCAGGUGCUUUCGGUGGACUCUUAGCUGGUGGUUUGAUCGAAGGAUUAGAAGGUGUAGGUAAUACCAGAGGAUGGAAAUGGUUAUUCAUCAUUGAAGGCCUAGCAACAGUCGUCAUUGCCUGUGUGGCAUUCUUCGUCUUACCUGAUUACCCUACGACUACGAAAUGGUUAUCAGCAGAAGAACAGCAAUUGGCUGUGGGUCGACUACAUAAUGGACAGGAAGAAGCAAGUGAUAUGACACACAAAGAAGCUUUCAUCGCUGCCGUCAAAGACCCUAAAACAUACAUCUUCAUGUUGAUCUAUAACGUUCUCAACUCUGUCGGUACCAUAUCCUACUUUUUCCCUACGCUCAUGAAGAGUCUGGGAUAUCAAGGACGGACUGCUCAGUUCAUGACGGUUCCGAUUUAUAUUGUCGCACUCAUCGUUUCAGUCAGUCUAGGCUGGAACGCAGAUAGGACCAAACAGAAAGCGUACACAGUCUUAGGUGCAGCUUGUUUAUCAACUAUAAGCUUUAUUAUCUGUGUUUCAGUCAAGAACGUUAAAGUUAGAUACACAAUGAUCUGUUUUGGUGGUGCAGGCAUUUGGACUUGCGUACCUGUAUUCUUGAGUUGGAUGGUAACUAUGUUUGACGGAAGAGAAAAAAGAGCUAUUUCAAUUGCGUUGAUUAAUGGUGUUGGUAAUCUCGCUUCUGUUUACGGAUCAUUCUUUUGGCCAGCAAAAGACGCUCCACGAUACGUUAAAGGAUUUUCAAUCUCAACUGGACUUAUGGGUUUAGCUGCUGCUCUGGUUCUUUUCACUAAAUGGAAAUAUAACGAUAGGGGUGUAGCUGGUAUUCCCGUUCGAUAA